GCUUCCUCCUGGUGAUGCUAUUGCUGCCGGCGAUCAGUUAGCGGGAACCGUUUUAGCUAGCAAACAAAAAUUAGUUUUUAGGAUUUUAAAUACGUCUGUACUGUGUUGUUUCGGUAAAAUAUUAUUUUAUUUCUCCCAUCUUUUUAUGUUGUUUGUUUCACCAAAGAGAUGGCAUGUGCACAGCAAGUGAGAACUUGUCAGGACGCUCAGCUGUGUCCUAAUCAGGUUGUCUCAGAGCAGCAAUCCUUGGUUGUUAUAAAGAAGCUUCUGGCCAUUGCAGUGUCUGGCAUCACAUACCUCAGGGGUAUUUUCCCAGGGAGAGCCUACGGGACCAGAAAUGUGGAAGAUCAGCAAGUGAUGGUCCUUAGAGAGGAGCGCAGCUGUCCUGGUGUCAUUCAGAUUCUUCAGUGGAUGCAGGGAUGUUUUGAUGCCAUUCAGAAGAAAUAUCUGCGGACAGUUAUUAUGUCUAUUUAUACUGACCAAAAGAACCCUCAGAAAGUGACUGAGUUUUACCAGUUUAGGAUCCAGUACACUGCAAAAGGGGCCCAAAUGGAUUUCGAAAGCAACAACAACGACAUGGUGUCAUCAAUGUCGUGUGGAAACACUAAGAAGGCCUGCAUCCUGCUGGUGAGGAAGCUCUACACUCUGAUGCAGAACUUGAAUCCACUGCCAGAUGUUGUCUCUCUCAACAUGAGGCUGGCGUACUAUGAUGAUGUCACUCCUCAGGACUACCAGCCUCCAGGCUUUAGAGAGUCUGAUGGUGACACCAUGGAGUUUGAGCAGGAGCCCAUCAAACUGACCAUGGGUGAGGUUGUCACCCCUUUCCAUGGUAUGAGGCUGGACAUGGUCACAGAAAGAAGGAGACUGGAGCAGGUGGAGGAGAGUAUUCAUGUGACCAAGAAGUGGGUUCAGGAGAUGAACGAGGAUGACAGCCUGAUGCAGAGUCAUGUGAUUGAAGAUGUGAAGAAGCCUGACGAUGAGAGCACCGACCUGGAUAACACUGAGAUCCCGAUGAGCUGCAAUGAGAAGCUCCAUACCUGUGAGGGAGUCAUGGAGACCAUCUGUCCCCCCUGUCAGAUGGACACUCUGGUGAAGACGACGUCCGACAUGGAGGUGGGCCUGAAGAGGACCAGGAGUGGACGAAUCAUCAAGUCUACCACGGAGACAAGGAUUACUGAGAAGAGCAACAAAUCGACAGCUAUGAAGGAAAAAAUGGUUUCUCAAUAUGACAUUCCCAGCAGCCAGGAAACGCCAUCCUCCUCUGCACCUAAGAAGAAACGCAAAUUCAGCGAGCCCAAAGAACACUACUGACCUCACAUCCCACUGCUAACACAGCAGCAGCGCCUUUCUAUCGAUUUACAUUGAUGUUUUUGAAAUUUCACUUUUGAUCACAAGUUACACCGUUUCUCGUUUCUUUGAAGCGAAUCUCACAUCCGUUUGAAGAUGUUUUAACUGCAUCUUGAGUUUGACCUAACUGUAGUUGUGUUUGUUUUACAGUUAGUUGAAUGACACACAUCUCAAAGAAAACCUGCAUGUUAUAAAGUGUUGGAAUACUAAUUUGCAAAAAAGUGUUACUUUUCAAGAGUUAUCCUUGUUUUACUGUUAAUAUUCUCAGUUACUUGUGCAUAAAGCAGGACUGCAAGCUUCAAUAAAAUAC